CUCUGCUCGCAGCUCCGAAUCUUACCCAAACCUUAUCUUGUCAUCAAGGAGACCUUCGUCCGGGAGUACGCUUGUCGUGGAGGUAAGCUUCGCCGCAGGGAAGCACGGGAUCCCGUCAAGAUUGAUGUGAACAAGGCGAGUCGAGUGACAGGAUCUUGUGAAGGAUCUAGAAUUCGGAAUUUGCCGUGCACGAGGCGGUGA